AUGUCGACCGCACCCUCCGAACAGCUCAAGGACGUCUUGCUCAUCGGCUUCGGGGCUGUAGGGGCUGCGUACUCCUUCGUCCUCAAGCAAGGCGGGCGUGCGAGACUGACCGUCGUUGCGCGGAGCAACUAUGACGCCGUAAACGCCAAAGGCCUAGACUUCAAGAGCCGCAAGUACGGCGAACACCUGGGCUGGCGGCCCCACCGCCUCUUCCCCACGAUCGAGAAAGCGCUCGACAGGCCCUACGAGUACGUCGUGCUCGCGACAAAAGCCGUGCCCGAGAUCCGGCGCAACCCCGACCUCCUGCGCCCGCUCCUCUCCGCGCCCUACGCCGACACGCACCCGCAGCCAACCUACGUGCUGCUCCAGAACGGGCUGAACGUCGAGGUCGACCUGUACGCCGCGCUCCAGGCGCUGCGCCCCGCGGAGGAGCCGCGCAUCAUCAGCACGGCCGUCUGGAUCGGGGCCGUCGCGGUGAGCGGCGACACCGUCGAGCACGGCGACUUCGACCGCGUCCGCCUCGGGAUCUACCGCCCGUCCACAACCGACACCUCCACGACACCCGCGCAAGCCGCCGCGCUCGCGGACUUCACCGCGCUCCUCGCCGAGGGCGGGUCCGAAGCCAUCGUCGUGCCCGAGAUCCAGCGCAUCAAGUUCUCCAAGAACCUCUGGAACGGCGUCUUCGGCGCCUCCGCCGCGCUCUCCCGCGCCUCCCUGCGCGCCUUCUUCCGGCCCCCGCACCUCGAGCCCUCGCGCGCCGCCGACCCGACCCCCACCUCCUCCGAACUCGCCGCCGAGUCCACCCGCGAAGUCCUCGAGGUGCAGGCCAACCCGUCGGUGCAGGCCACGCAGUCCAUCCCGCACGCCUCGCCCUCGAUCGGCGCCUACACGAUCCCCUUCCUGCACGACACGCUCUCCGAAGUGUACGCGCUCGGCACGGCCCUCUUCCCGGCCACCGCCUCCGCGCCCGGGCUCGAGGCGGACCUGGUCGCGACGACGCUCGCGCGCACCGCGGCGCUGCACGCGGUGCCGGAGAGCGUGCACCUGCCGAGCAUGCUCGUGGACGCGUACGCGGAGCGCCCGAUGGAGGUCGAGCACGUCGUCGGCGAGGUCGUGCGCAUGGCGCGCAAGGCGGGCGUGCCCGUGCCGCGGAUGGAGACGCUGUAUGCGCUCCUGCUCGUGAACCAGAACCAGUUCCUGCGCAAGCAGCGGGAGGGCAAGCUCCCGCAGUGA